AUGUCCUCAUCCACUGUUCCAAUUGUUCAACCAAAAAAUCCUGAAGUUCCCAGAUCAGUCAUUUUUAAGGUCUAUUUACAUACUUUAUUGAUGGUGGUUCUUCCGAUUUCCACAUAUUUUUAUACUUCCAAGUAUUUUUUUGAAGAUUAUGGUACUACGAAAGCUGCGCUAUUUGCUGCUGGAAUCGCAAAUGUGGUUGUAUUUUCUUUUAUAAUCACUGCUUUUAUGGAAGAUUCUGGUGACAAACAUCAAAAGCGAGACAAAGAAGAUUGA